UGCCCCCAGAGAGCAGCACUGGCUCGGCCACGCAGCCGCCUGGGAGCCUCUCCCAUCGCAGCCGGGCUGUGCAGGGCAGCGCUGCCUCCCCGUCCAGGGCUCCUCUCUGGCCGGCUCUUACUCGCCCCUGCUCCGGCCGCUUGUUCUGCAGCGCUGGCAGCCGGAGCCCGCUGGCUGCCCGGGAGAACAGACGGGCCCGCUGCCCAUGUACUCGGGAGGGGCGAGGUCGGGACGUCCCGCCGGAGAACCGGGCCGGAUGCUGUGCGGGGGGCUCUGCCUGCCCCCGCCCCCCAGAGCCUCAGCCUAUGAGUCAUUCACCAGGAGCAGCUGCCGCGGAAAGGAGCCCAGCCGCCUGCCAGCCCCGCCGGAGCCCCCCAUGCGAAAGGUUUGGGUGCCUGGGUUCUCCCCAGUGAAGUCGGGCUCCAAAUGAUGAGCGUGCUAGCACCCGUCCGGAGGGACCGGAUCAUUGCGGAGCUGCCUCAGUGCUUUCACAAAGAGGCCGCCCUCCAUUCGCGCUCCAGCUUUCAUCCCCAAGUAACCGGCGCCUGCCAGGAGCAGCGAACGGGGACAGUGGGCAGGUUUAAGAUCUCCAAGAUCAUCGUGGUGGGAGACCUGUCAGUGGGCAAGACCUGCUUAAUCAACCGGUGGGACACAGCUGGCCAGGAGAGGUUCAAGUGCAUCGCAUCCACCUACUACCGUGGAGCACAAGCGAUAGUGAUUGUGUUCGAUGUGAACGACGUGGCGUCUCUAGCGCACACCAGGCAGUGACUGGCCGACGCCCUGAAGGAGAACGACCCCUCCAAUGUGAUCCUCUUCCUGGUGGGCUCGAAGAAGGAUCUGAGU